AUGGCCCUAGAGUCUUCAAAGUUCGAUGUCAAAGACCCCAAUCUUGUCGUUGAGUAUAGCGAUAAAUACGUCAAAGAGCGACCGCUCAUCCCUCACAAAAUCAGCCUCGCCGACGGAGCCGCCUUAUCAGAUCUGCAUAGAUGCGCUCUUCAUCUCACAACCAAAUUCCAAGACUUUGCAUUGCAGCGUCUCACCAAAGAACAAGUAGGCCUCGCAAGCGACCGCCGAGACUGGCCACAACCUCCCCCGGUAGCGGAUCAACCCUCCGCACUGGAAACGGCCCGCUUCCAACGGGCACUCUACCGCUUCGAGGUCUAUUGCAACCUGUUCAAGGAUCCGGAAGUCGUGCGGUUCAAUCUUGACGUCGUCAACUUCCAAAGAGCACACUUCUUUGACUACCUGUCGCCUUGGGAGAUGGAGCAGCUCGUCGCCGUGAGGGAUUAUCUCGCAGCUGCAGUCAUUGGACCCCCAUUACAUGCUCUCGUGGAGUUGAGAAAGCUGGAAGCGUUAUCAAAGCACCACUGCGGCCCCAGGAACGGAGCACAAGUGGUCUACUGGACCGGCCCCAUCCUCCCGCCCAACUUGGAGCGGGGUGACUGCCACAUCAAGCAAAACCAAGCCAGACUCCUGUGCUUCGGUAUCAAGUUCCUUUACAAAGUCUCCAUGACGCCUGCUACCAAGUUCUAUCAGCUCCUCGCCUCUCUUCCGCAGCAACCACGCUAUGCCAGCUACAACAGAGUCGGCGACAUCUAUGUAUGGUUCUCCGAUGCCGUCGACAAAUGCAAUGAGCUAAACACUCUCGACCUGCCCAUCGAGAAAGCCGUGACGGCAUGGACGCCUGAAGAGUGGGAAGAACACAUGCGGCGAUCCAUAGUCACCGAUGACACUGACACGGGGCCCGAAGAGGCAUGGUUUUGGGCGUACCAGUGGUUCCCCGGGUUCGCCAACAAUGACCUGCGCAUGACCAACUGCCGGCUCUUCGGGCUUUUCUUCUGGGACUCGGAGCGCCUCAAGAAGCUCAACUUCUUUACGAGAGUGGACUUUUGGUGGUGGAGGUGGGAGGGGGGACGUCAGCCUGACUUUGACUGGGACGUCGGCGCCAGUAGCUUUCACAGCUUCUGA